CAAAUCUUUAAACAGACGAGGCACCCACUAAGAAGAACUUGACCCCAAAACAUACGAGUACAAAAAUGUUAAACUUAUUUAUAUGUAUCCCUAUAAAUAAGUAUAUUCAACGUCUAUAAACAGAUUCAUAUACCAAAAAAAUGGAACAUCAACCAACUCAAAAGCAGAAAACAAAGGAGAAGAGCAAAGGGAACAAGACGAAGUUCGUGGGAGUUAGGCAAAGGCCUUCAGGGAAAUGGGUGGCAGAGAUCAAAGACACGACACAAAAGAUACGGAUGUGGCUCGGAACCUUUGAGACUGCGGAAGAAGCAGCUCGAGCCUACGAUGAAGCAGCCUGUCUCUUACGUGGAUCCAACACUCGCACCAAUUUCGCAAACCAUUUUCCAAACAACUCUCAGUUGUCUUUGAAGAUCAGAAACCUCCUUCACCAGAAGCAGAACAUGAAACAGCAGCAACGACAACAACACAAACCCGUUUCUUCUUUUGCGGAAUGCAACAUCAACUACACCUCCCCUGCUACUAGUCUCACCACAACCUCCACCACCACCACUACGGCAAUGCCACUCAAUGAUGUGUACCGCCCGGAUUCAUCAGUCUUUGGGCAACCAGAAACCAACGGUCACCAGCAUCCUUACUCAUGGCCUCUUGUCUCUGGACUCAAUCAUCUGGUCCCUGUGGCUCAGGGAGGGGAAGAAACACAUGGACAUCUCAACUAUCACAACUCAACCGAUCAACAUUUGGGUCUUGCUGAAAUCGAAAGACAGAUAUCUGCAUCCCUAUAUGCAAUGAAUGGAGCUAACAGUUACUAUGACAACAUCAACGCAGAAUAUGCAAUUUUCGAUCCAACCGAUCCCAUUUGGGAUCUCCCUUCACUGUCCCAACUCUUCUGCCCAACGUGAUUCCAUUUUACUUUUCCUGACCAAUUCAUGUAAUUUUUGGAUCAUGAUCCAUGAAUGUAAAGUAGAACACAUCUCUACAAUGUCCUAAUAGACAAGAUUGUACCUAAAGAAAAAAUGGACAUUGUAAGAAGAUAAUGAAGGUUUGGUACAACAAAAGCUUGAUAAUGAACUCGGGAUCUUCCCCAAUGGCCGCUCUACCAAUGAAAAUGUAUCGAACCGAGAUAAAACACAAAGGCAGAGGAAGUUCAAUGGAUAUUGUACAGGAUUAAAACAAACAUGUAAUCAACAAGAAUCAUAA